UGCUUACUUGUGGAUGCUUACUUCCACACUGGGUUUGGUGGAACUUGUAUCUAAGGAAAUGUGCAUGGGAUUGUAAGUACAGAUGUUCUUCUGAAAACGCCAUCUUUGAAACUGUUUAUUGUUCUUUGGGGUUAGUGUUGAAAACAUUUUAAUGGGUAUAGAGUAGAUCUUGCAUUUUAAGUUGAAGUUAACCUGCAUUUGUCAACAAGAAAAGAUUGCAGUGGCCUGACAAAUAAGCCAAUGUUUGACUUCAGCUUUGAGUGAGUGAGUUGAGAGAGAGAGAGAGAGAGAGAGAGAGAGAAUGAUAUUUGAUGUAUAAAACUUGAACAACCUGUGUAAGUGCACUAAUAUUUUAAUUGGUUAGUGUUUAUUGAUUGCUAACCUCUGGUCAUUUCUGCCUUUUUAAUCUUUUCAUGUGAUACCUUAGGCUUAAAUAUCAAUAUAUAUAAAACAGCAAAUACUACAUAUCAGGGAUGUGCACCCGAUAUUCCACAAAGAAAAUGGAAUAUUAAGAUGGUGGUGGUGGCUUUGCAUGACUAAAAUUCCAAGUCAUCCUUCUGAAUCCCCUUAUUUUAUACCAACUAGAUAUAACACAUCUUAGAUAUGAUUGGCACUAACAUCCUAAGCACAUGCGUUUGGAAACACACAUUGCUGGUUUCAGUGGAAUUAACUUCUAAAUAAAUAUGUUAGACUGCAGCCUAUUUUAAAAGGCCUGUGCAUCAGAGGUAGGGCCCCAUAGAUUUUACCUGGCCUUGUUAACUCUGAUUUCUCUACAGAAGCCACAUACAUACAUAUCUCUUUAGUGCUGAGAACAUCACGUGCUCAAAUGAGUGCUGUCCUGUGUUUAAUACAAGGUGAUCCAGAGCAGGUUUAAUACAGGACCAGCAUGUUUUGGAAAUUUGAUCUUCACUCAUCAUCCCACAUAGACACACUUCUAGAGAGAGAAGAUGUAACUCUGAAGGAAUUGAUGGAUGAAGAAGAUGUUUUACAAGAGUGCAAAGCUCAAAACCGCAAACUUAUAGAGUUUCUUUUGAAAUCGGAAUGUCUGGAAGAUUUAGUUUCAUUCAUUAUAGAAGAGCCACCUCAAGACAUGGAUGAAAAAAUCAGAUACAAGUAUCCAAACAUAUCUUGUGAGCUGCUUACUUCAGAUGUUUCACAGAUUAAUGAUAGACUGGGAGAAGAGGAAUCAUUACUAACAAAACUGUACAGUUUUCUUUUAAAUGAGCCUCCUCUAAAUCCUUUAUUGGCCAGUUUCUUCAGCAAGGUGCUAAGUAUCCUUAUUAGUAGAAAACCGGAACAGAUUGUGGAUUUCUUAAAGAAAAAGCAUGAUUUUGUAGACCUCAUUAUAAAGCAUAUAGGGACCUCUGCUAUUAUGGACUUAUUACUCAGGCUGCUGACAUGCAUAGAACCUCCACAGCCCAGACAAGAAGUAUUAAAUUGGCUAAAUGAAGAGAAAAUUAUUCAGCGGCUUGUGGAAAUUGUGCAUCCUUCUCAAGAUGAAGAUAGACAUUCAAAUGCAUCCCAGUCACUCUGUGAAAUUAUACGUUUGAGUAGAGACCAGAUGCUACAAGUGCAAAACAGUUCAGAGCCAGAUCCACUGCUUGCAACACUAGAAAAAAAAGAAAUAAUUGAACAGCUGCUAUCAAAUAUUUUUCAUAAAGAGAAAAAUGAAUCUGCGAUAGUCAGUGCAAUUCAGAUACUGUUGACUUUGCUGGAAACAAGACGGCCAACAUUUGAAGGUCACAUAGAGAUUUGCCCCCCGGGUAUGAGCCACUCAACAUAUUCAGUCAACAAGAGUGUAUUAGAAGCCAUAAAAGUACGACUUGUAUCUUUCCAUGAACUUCUCUUGGAACCCCCCAAAAAAAGCGUCAUGAAGACAACAUGGGGUGUGUUGGAUCCACCAGUAGGAAACACCAGGUUAAAUGUGAUUAGGUUAAUAUCCAGCCUUCUGCAGACAAAUACAAACAGUGUAAACCUGGAACUUAUAGAGCUCAAUAGCAUAGGAGUAAUACUGGACAUGUUUUUUAAGUACACAUGGAAUAACUUUUUGCAUACUCAAGUAGAAAUUUGUAUUGCAUUGAUCCUUGCAAGUCCUUUUGAAAGCACAGAAAAUGGUACAAUCUCAGAACAGGAUUCUGUUGGAGACAACCUUUUGCUGAAACAUCUUUUCCUUAAGUGCCAUUUAAUAGAACGGAUACUUGAAGCUUGGGAGAUGAAUGAGAAGAAACAGGGUGAAGGAGGAAGACGAUACGGCUAUAUGGGUCACUUAACAAGAAUAGCUAACUGUAUUGUGCAUAGUACUGACAAAGGGCCAAACUGUACUCUAGUACAGCAGCUUAUUAAAGAGCUUCCAGAUGAAGUCAGGGAGCGAUGGGAGACUUUCUGCACAAGUUCCUUAGGCGAAACCAACAAAAGAAACACAGUGGAUCUAGUUACUACCUGUCAUAUUCAUUCAUCCAGUGAUGAUGAAAUCGAUUUUAAAGAAACUGGUUUCUCACAGGAUUCUUCCUUGCAACAAGCCUUUUCUGAUUAUCAGAUGCAACAAAUGACGUCCAAUUUUAUUGACCAGUUUGGCUUCAACGAUGAGAAGUUUGCCGAUCAGGAUGAUAUUGGCAAUGUUUCUUUUGACCGUGUAUCAGACAUCAAUUUUACCCUCAAUACAAAUGAAAGCGGCAAUAUUGCUUUAUUUGAGGCAUGCUGCAAGGAGAGAAUACAGCAGUUUGAUGAUGGUGGUUCUGAUGAAGAGGAUAUCUGGGAAGAGAAACAUAUCGCUUUUACAUCAGAAUCUCAGAGAAGAUCCAGCUCGGGCAGUACAGACAGUGAGGAGAGUACAGAUUCCGAAGAAGAGGAUGGAACAAAGCAAGAUUUGUUCGAAUCAAGCACUAAUACAGAAGACAAGAUGGAAGUAGAUUUGAGUGAAGCACCUAACUGGUCAGCUAACUUUGAUGUUCCCAUGGAAACCACUCAUGGUAGCAAUCUGGAUUCUGUUGGAUCUGAUGUAUGGAGCACAGAAGAACCUAUGCCAACAAAAGAAACUGGCUGGGCUUCAUUUUCAGACUUCACAUCGCUAAGUUCGAAAGAUACCCUAAGAAGUAACUCACCUGUGGAAAUGGAAACCAGCACUGAGCCAAUGGAUCCUUUGAGUGCAAAUGCAGCUGCACUUGCAACUCAACCAGAAGCUGCAGGAAGUGUUGCAAUGGAAGCUGGUUCUGAUGGAGAAGAUGAUGUGGAAAAUGCAGACAAGGUGACUGAGACAGUAAUGAAUGGCAGCAUGAAGGAGACCCUCAGCCUUACUGUAGAUGCUAAAACUGAAACAGCUGUCUUCAAAAGUGAGGAAGGAAAAUUGUCUACCUCGCAAGAUGCUUCUUGUAAAUACGUGGUGGAGGAAAACACAGAAGCUGGAGAAGAAAAUGCUAUCACUCCACAGACUGCUUGCACCAGCCUAGAACAGAGGACAGAUCAGCAAGCUCUUCUAUCAGAGGCAUCUGUUAAUGGCCCUGUAUGAUAUGUGAUUUCGACUGCCGUUGGCUGAAGCUUAUGAACUGAUAUCCAAGGAUUUGGGUCUCUUGAGGAUUUCAUCUAGAGCCUAUUGGAGCCAGUCACUGCUGCACUAAAUUCACAAGGGAUCAGGACCAGCAACAUUUAUAUUCUAGAUUUUAAGACAUUGUACAGAAAUUCAUAAGUGUAAAAAUUGCACAUUGAGAAAUACCAAGAAUUUUUUUGCGUAUGUUUAUAUUGUAUUGUUCUAAAUGAUGGGUGGCCUGUGAAAUAAGAUCUUGCUACCCACGUAACAAUAGUAGUGAUACUAUAGUUAAAAUGGCUGUAAGAAUAGUUUUAUAAAAAAGUGAAUACACAAUUCUAAUGUAUUUGAGGCAUAACUAUUUGACAAUUAGUGACCAAAGUAUUUAGCAGUUUUCAUAAUAUUUUCACCCUAAAAAAUCCUGAAGUCCAUGUUUCUUUCAGUUCGGCAAAGAAUUGUUCAGAUGCAAUGCCCUUUAAAUGUUUUGAUUGUUUUAGAUUUAAACAAUGAUUCAAAAGGAAUUUUUGGUGUUCAGCAUUUUACAGCAGGCUUUCAAUUGGUAAUUGUUUCCCGUAUUGUUUAAACCAGAUCAAAAUGUAAGUCUAUUGGUAGAGAUUUUAAGUAUUUAUUGCUACAACUUAGUUGACAAAUUGAUGUUAUUGUAAAGCCAUAUGUUCUGUUAAGUCUUGUUUGCUUGAAACAAUACCUUACAGGUGAAACACUAUAAUAUUUUGAAGUGCACAUGGCUUGUUGUGUAUUUUUAAGUGAUUCACCUACUUUUUAACCCAUUCACCAAGAUGUACUUUAAUUCAGAGCAUUAUAAAAUUAAACAUUUUGGAACAAUCUUCAUAUUUAAAACACUGUCAUUCUUUUGACAAAUCAACUAAAUAUAAUGAAAUGCCCAUGCUGCUCAUGUAAUUACAGUUCAUGUAUUUUAAAGGUAUAAUAUCUUUAAAUAUCAAAAUUGGGCACUUGAGCAUGUUAAUUGUUAUACUUUCACUGUUUUGAUCUGUGUGAAAUUUUUCAUUUGUAAGUUUUAAACCGUUUUUUUCAUACCUGGCUUGUGUAUAUAUAUAUAGUGAUUAUGGAAACUAAUUGUAAUUUAUAAUUUUCUAUGUCAUAAAAUUCCAACCGCCUUCUCAAACAGAAGCAAUAUAAUGUAUAUUGCACAUUAUCUGGUGGAAGGGUUAAAGUACUUCACCUCUUGCACUUUUAGAUGCAAAUCCAUUUUUAUUUCUUUAAUAGAAAGUUAUUCAUUUAUUUUUACAUCAUUUGUUUUCCUGACCAGUAUUUAAAAGCCAAAAGGAUACUCUAAACAAUGGCCAAUGACUUAUUUUAGAAAGUGUCCCAAGCUAUGUGCCUAAUACUACAUUGCAUACAGAAAUAAAGACAAAUGUAUACUGGUACUUUUCUUCUAUCCUCAUUUCUUAAGAUUUCAAAGAAAACAGCAUUCAUGUAGCAUGUCUGCCUUUAUUUCAAAUAAAUGGGCCAGUUAUACUGGAGGACUCUAGAGGAUGUGAAAAAAGAUUGCACAUGCUAUUUCCCCACCAGCCUCAACUACUGCAGUUUAGGUGCCUGCAGCCGCCUAUCACUUAUAGCUACCACUGCUGGGGAAAUCGCAACAUCCCAUUUCUCAUGUUACAGUAGAAGCAGAUGGCAGCUAAAGUAAAUGGCUUUCAAUUAAUAGAUGAUCUUUGUAUAUCCUUAAGUACUGUCUCAAAAGAAUGCAUUAAGGGGAUAACCCACAUUACACACACUUGCUUAAAACAAUGCACUAGGAGCAUCAGGUUUCUUCAUCAAAGGAAUUGUAUGUUACAUAGUUUAUUGCUGCUGUUAAAUUCUUACUCAUGCUAGAAAGAUGUGAAAACAUUAAGCAGUUUUGAACUUGCACUUCCCUCACCGCUACAAUGAACUCAGCAGGGAGAAUUGGGAACAGUGGAUUAGAAAGUGGUAUGCACCAGAUUCUAUCUUUUAAAAUUGCAGGUUCUUCCCUGAUUUUCUAAUAUUAUGUGAAAAAUUCCUUUGAAUGUAACAGGGACUUUUUACUUGUUUUAUGUGCAGCAACAUAUCAACUUUUCACAAACAUGCAUAUGUAAAUAAAGAGCAAUAUUUACACUAUUUAUGGACUAAUAUACAUAAAUCAUUUUCAGAUCUGAAACGGCUGCUAUCUCACAUCUGUGUGCAAAUGCAGGUGACUGAAUAUUUGACCGUGGUACAAACUAACUUAGAACACAAAUGGUUAAAAUUAUUAAAUACAGGAUAAGUGAAAAUUCUUUAAUAAAAAUGUUGGUUGUGCACAUGCACAAACAUUUGAUCUGUGUAGGUUAGCUGCAUAGUCUGACUUUUCAUAAUUGAGCAGCUUUUUACAAACACGGAAUUUACAUGCGAUGUAGGAAAAAUACUGGGACUGCAUUUGUACCAGGAACCUGGAGAAACUUCUUUUCUCAAACAGUGAAAGCUUUUCAUGUAACAACUGAGGCAGGCUGCCUACCUUUUUAAAAAGCCUCAAGCAUCUUGAAUGUCUUGAUGAUCCGUUAUAGUUGAAGUUUUAUUGAGUUGCAGACCAAUGGCUUGCAUUGUUUAGCGCAAUCAAUUAGUAAGAAAUACGUAAAUUUCAAAAUGGGAAACAGUAUGCAUUGUUCUUCUGUCAUAGUGAUAUGAACAUUCUGAAUUUUUCUUAGAAAAUUUAUUUUACAGAUUAUAACAGCUGAAAUAACAUAUUCAAAAACUCAUUGUUAACAACAAUUUAAACUGUCUAUUUUGUGUUUAUAUACUAAACUUUGGUUUUAUUAGUAGUCUUGUCCCCCCAAAUUUGUAAAACUUGUAAAAUAUUAAAUAGUUGCAAAAAUACAAAUGAAGUAAUGCAAUUGUUCCAUCAGGAAGCUGAUUUUUUUUAUGCCUUCUUUCUCUACAGAAUCUCAUAUCUUUGUUCUGUGCUACUGGAACAUGAUGUGCAUUUCUCAUUAAACUCUUCUCAAGCUGGCA